CAUCUCGCGACCAAAUGAGCAAUUAGUGGGGUUAGUAAGUACAACAUCGAAAAUAUAUUUAUUAUCCACUCCAUAACUCUAUUAUAUUUGCAACCCCCUCCCAAAUAUCUACCAGAAUCAACAACAUGGCUCCCUCCGUUGCUCAAGAAGUUCCCAGUCAGGAAUCAUUGCAAGAAAUUGCCGAGCUAAAGCUCAAUCGUGCCUUCGACCCCUCUCAACACACCUCUUACAAAUACGAGCACUACCUUCCCGUCUACGAUGAAACUACCAAAUUCCCACCUACCGAGCCCUUUGAAUUCGUCGACCGCGGAGUCAAAGCCGAUCAAUCCAAAACGCACCUUCUCGAUCCUCAAAACACCGGGCUCGAGGUCACGAAAUUGACUCCUCGCAUCGGGACAGAGAUCAAAGGCGUUCAGCUCUCCGAGUUGACUGAUAUCCAGAAAGACGAACUUGCGCUUCUGAUCGCCGAGCGAGGCGUCGUCGUCUUUCGAGGCCAGGAUUUCAAGGACAUUGGCGUUGAGAAGCAGAAAGAGUUCGGCUCGUACUUUGGCAGACUCCACGUCCACCCCGUCGGAGCUCAUGUCGAAGGUGCAAUCGAGUUUCACAAUAUCUACCUCGGUCCUGGUUGCAACUACUUGGUGUACACAGAAUCCUCUCAAGAAUAUGCGCUCCACCUCCAAGACCAAAUGCACCACGUUUUGGUCCACUACAACCACAACCCCAAACGUCAUGAUUUAUAAGCAAGUUGCAGUGACUGCAGUGAGCGAAGGUGUGUGCGUUACCGAGGCUACAUACUACUAGAUAGAGAUAUAUUUAGUAUCCG